CAAGCUGUCGGGUGGAAAAGAAAGUUAGCUCGGGCUCGGUCCUGUACAAAGUCCUGUUUUAUCCAACUAUGUCAGAUGUCCUCGUUGUUUCAUCUAUAAAGUAUCCCAGCAGCGUUAUAUUUGACUAGUGCAUCCAAGAAGGGAACAGAUUAGCUCGACGAAGCCCAGCUCUGCUGUCCGGAAGUUCAGCGGCAGGAAAAAAAAAGACGAAGAAGAAGCGAGAGGGGCAUGAAAAACAGGAGCUGGAUGAACUUCUGACCAAGUUCCGUAGCGGUGUGUGUGGAGUCGUCAUGGGUCUGCCGACGCUGGAGUUCAGUGAUUCUCUGCUGGACAGUCCUGAGUUCAGAGAGCGGCUGCAGUGCCAUGAAAUAGAGCUGGAGCGCACCAACAGAUUUAUAAAAGACCUCAUCAAAGAUGGAAACAUGCUCAUAUCUGCUCUAAAUAGUCUUUCUCUUGCAGUGCAGCGGUUCUCCCGGUCUCUGCAGGAGUUCCAGUUUGAGUGCAUAGGAGAUGCUGAGACUGAUGAUGAGAUCAACAUAGCUCAGUCCUUGAAGGAGUUUUCUCAGCUGUUAAGCACCAUGGAAGAAGAAAGAAAACGACUGAUCCAAAAUGCUGAUGACGUUCUGAUUUCACCACUUGAGAAGUUUCGAAAGGAACAGAUUGGUGCUGUUAAGGAGGGAAAGAAGCAGUUUGAUAAGGAGACAGAAAGGUACUACUCCCUGCAGGAAAAGUACCUCAGUGUCUCCUCUAAAAAGAAGGAGUCACAGCUGCACGAGGCUGACUCACAGAUGAAUAAAGACAGGAAGAUUUUUUAUGACGCGUCUCUGCAGUAUGUCUUCAAGAUCCAAGAAGUGCAGGAGAGGAAGAAGUUUGAGUUUGUGGAGCCGUUACUAGCCUUCCUGCAGGGCUUGUUCACGUCCUACCAUGAGGGCUACGAGCUGGCCUGUGAGUUUGAACCCUACAAGCAGCAGCUCCAGUUCAACCUGCAGAAUGCUCGUAACAACUUUGAGAGCACCCGAGCUGAGGUGGAGAGGCUGAUGAAGAGGAUCCGCUCUGCUGAGGAUGAUUUCAAAGCCCCCAGCUGCUUUACCAUGGAGGGAUUUCUGUACAUCCAAGAGAAACGUCCGUUGGGAAGUGUUUGGACCAGAUACUACUGUACGUAUGAGAAGAGUUCAAAGAUGUUCACCAUGGGCAACACGGAGGUCAGACCAGCCAGCAGACAGCCGAACGGGGUGGUGAACGGCACGCCUGAGAUGUUCAAGCUGCGCUCGUGUGUCAGAAGGAAAACAGACUCCAUCGACAAACGCUUCUGCUUCGACAUCGAGGUGGUGGAGAGACAUGGCGUCAUCACCCUGCAGGCCCUGUCAGAGGCCAACAGACGGCUGUGGAUGGAAGCGAUGGAUGGAAAGGAACCUAUUUACACCCUUCCUUCUCUGCUCAGUAAAAAAGAAGAGACAUUUCUUAAUGAGGCAGGCUUCAACUUUGUGAAGAAGUGCGUUGAGCUGGUUGAAACAAGAGGCCUCACCACCCUGGGGCUCUACAGGACUGGAGGAGUGAACUCUAAAGUGCAGCGACUGAUGACGAGCGUAUUUGCAUCGACAGCUUCCUCUGACAUGCAGCUGGAUGCAGAAAGCUGGGACAACAAGACCAUAACCAGCGGCCUGAAAGAUUAUUUCAGGUGUUUGGCAGAACCGCUACUGACCUACAGGCUGCAUAAAGAAUUCAUCAGAGCUGCAAAGUACGAUGAUCAGAAGCACAGAGUCAGAGCCAUUCAUGCUCUGGUACACAGACUACCAGACAGGAACAGAGCAAUGCUGGACGUUUUAGCCAAGCACCUCCUCAGGGUAUCCUCUCACAGUAACCAGAACUUGAUGACCGUGUCCAACCUGGGAAUGAUCUUUGGUCCCACGUUAAUGAGGUCACAGGAAGAGACAGUGGCUGCCAUGAUGAACAUCAAGUUUCAGAACAUCGUGGUGGAGAUAAUCAUUGAAAACCAUGAUAAGAUCUUCGGAGAGGUGCCGGACCUGUCAGUGCCGUUGCCUCCAGCUCCGUCCUCUCGGUCGACUCCUCGGAGGGGCAAGGUCAUCUGUUUGUCUGGAAAGAGGAAACCUCGUUUGUACCCCCCCGCUCUCUGCCUGGCUGAUAACGACAGUGACACGUUCAGUAGCAGCUCCAGCACUCCGAUCGGCAGCCAGGAGUCCUUGUCUUCACACUCCUCUGAGAAGAACGUGUUGUCUCAGACCUCUCCUCCGUCAUCUCCUGCUGCUGAGACCGGCUUACCCACCACGAUGCCGUUGUCUCCUCCUCCAGAGUCCUUCUGCUCACCUCCCAAUGGGGAAGACCAGAGGCAGCCUGACAGCUCCCUCUCCACCCAGCUCACGCCUUCCUCUUCGUGGAUCUCUGCUCCGCUCUCUGCAGCCGAGCAGGCUUCCUCUCUGUCCUCUUCCACAUCCUCUUUACUCUCUGCAGUGGAGAGGUCCUUCAACAGAAACUCAACUGUCUCCUUGUCCUCUGUAAAAGAACCAAGAUGUCCUUCUAGAGAGUCGGCGUCCAUGGCCUCCACCCAGACCUCCUCUCUGAAACAGGACAGAUCUGUUCAGAAAGCUGCUUCUGUCACCUCUCUGAAGAGCGCUCAUUCAGACAACCCAAGAGAUUCGCCGUGCGCUACCGUCAUCAGAAACAGAGGGACCGACUCCACCUCUCCUCAACAACACAGCACUGCAUACCGAACUGCCUCCUCGUCCUCGUCCUCUUCCUCCUCAUCAUCAUUGUUUCCCUUCCAGCUUUCUGCAUCUUCCUCCCUCACCUCUCUGCACAUCUCUGAGGAUUACAAAAGCUGUCAUGGAUCAGUGCAGAGCCUCAUGUCGCUGGACCAACAGGAAGGAACACACACGCGCAAAACACACACUCGCUGUGGUUCUGAUCUGAAUCCAAAACCCUCCUCAGCUACAGCCAGCAACGGUUACUCCAGACCCGUCUCACUGUUAUCAGCCAGACGUCCACAGCGUGAGAGCUCAGUGUUCUCCUCUGCUCUAGACAUCUGUCCUUCUGGAAGGGACGCCAAAGCGCUGUAUUCCUGCGAAGCAGAACACAGCCAUGAACUGAGCUUUCCACAGGGGGCGCUGUUCUGCAACGUGUGUCCCUCCGUAGAACCGGGUUGGCUCCAGGCUACAUACAAGGGCAAGACGGGUCUCAUACCUGAAAACUACGUCACAUUUAUCUGAGAAACCUGAUUACCAACGUUCCGAGUUGGCAGAUAAAGCUGAGGCUCUUUUAGACUACUGUGGUGGAACAUGAAUUAUCUGUCUUUUAUCACGCUGUGUGUAAUUAUGUGUUCUUAAAAAGCAUCCAUUCUGUCUCACUUAGCAUAUCCGUUCUUUUUAUGUGUUUGUGUCCAAUAGUACCAUGUAUUUAGUAAACGUGUAAAAGGUACAUAGAAGCAGUAUUUUUAUUAAUCUUAAUAAUUAAUUUUGUGUCUGUGUUCACACCUCCUGGAAUAAAUGAAUUGUUUAUUCUUUA